ACUACGACAAAUUCACAACGCAGAGGAAAUUUGGAAGUUCUUGCUUCAACAGUGAUUGAACGGAACUUCGUACAUUUUCGUUUGCUUUCGUAAAAUUGUAAAUAGUAUUACAUUCCUGUAUUUUUUUACUUGAAAGAAAAUAUUUUUGUAAAAUAAAUUUUUCGACUGACGAAGAAGGCAAGAUGGAAACCUCACAGAUCCGUCAGAAUUACCACCGUGACUGCGAAGCCGCCAUUAACAGAAUGGCCAACAUGGAGCUGUUUGCGUCCUACACUUACAUGUCCAUGGCUCACUACUUUGCCCGCGAUGACGUCGCUCUUCCAGGGUUCUCUCAUUUUUUUAAGGAGAACAGUGAGGAAGAACGGGAGCAUGCGGAAAAGCUGCUGUCUUUCCAGAACAAGAGGGGUGGACGCAUUUUCCUGAAUGACAUCAAGAAGCCAGAACGGGAUGAGUGGGGUAGUGGACUGGAGGCCAUGCAGUGUGCUCUGCAGUUGGAGAAGGAUGUGAACCAGGCCCUGCUGGAUCUGCAUAAGAUCGCCUCUGACAAGAUUGACCCCCACCUCUGUGACUUCCUGGAGACUCACUACCUGAAUGAACAGGUGGAGGCCAUCAAGAAGCUUGGAGAUUACAUUACCAACCUGGCAAGAAUGGAUUCGGGCAAUAACAAGAUGGCCGAGUACCUGUUUGACAAGCACACCCUGGGGGAAAAAAGCUAAAGUCUUCCCCAGUCUUCAUUCUUGACCGCUUAAGACCCAAAUAAUUCUGCUUUGUUUCGGAUAAAGUGUGGCUUUUACUGUACUCUUGUUAAAUGGUCAUCAUAAUCUACAACUGGGUGAUAAGAAUUUUACGUUCCAUCUUCUAAACUGGUGAUUAAUUCAUACAUUGUGAACUUGGAGCCUUGUAUUGUUAACACUGCAUAUUCAUGUGAGUGUGCCUGAAUGGUUCCUUUGUGUUAUAAUAGAAACUCCUGUUCUUAAUUGUGCGCUUCUGCUUGUCAACGAUUUAAAGCAUUGGAUUUGACUGAGGAAAAUAAAGAUUUUGUGCUGAACAUUCA